AUGACUCUCCUCCAUCUUCAGCAUCUGCACUGGGAAAUCUCAAAGACAGUACAUGGGCAAUUUAUGCUGCCAUGCCAAAUUUCGGCCAGUUGUGCCAAGUUUUUCUUCAGUGGCACCACUGGUGAUGUCACCAUUGUGAAAGGCGACUCUGACAAUGUCACAGAGUUGGUGCUCAGUGGCAUCCUUGAAAUCAACCAUCAAGGUUUCUUCAUGGCUCCCGAGGGUGGUUACAACCCCAGGAAUGCAUUUGGCCACAAAUUUUCAGAGACCAAACUCACAUGCAACCUUCUGACCAUGCAGCAUGAUGCUGUAUAUAGCUUCACACAGCAAGACUUUCCCCACAUCAUCUCGAAUAUCAGGUCAUUGGAGAAGCUCAUGCCCUUGGAAAAGGGAGAGACCCUCCUCUCAUCCAUCCAAGAGAGUCAUGACAUGCCUUGCAUCCAUCUCAGCCAUGCUUUGUUCACUAAAAAGGACAAUGACAAUGACCCUGACAGCAUCACCCAGAAUGAGGAUGCUACUGCAGUGUGGCUCAUGCUGGAUGACAUCAAAGACAUGCUCAGUCAUGCCACCAGCACUCACUACAUCUCAUCUCUCCCUGCAUUUGACAUCCAUGGCAUGCCCAUCCUGCCUGUCGACUAUGCCCAGCUGUUGAGUGGUGCACAUCCUGCAUGUCCACAUAGUGUAGUCACAUUGAGUCACAAUACAUGGGCAGCCUGUGCGCCAAAACACCAACACUCAUAUAGACCCUGA